AUGAAGCUUUCUCUUGCUCUCCUUGGCCUUGCUGCCUCCCAGGCAGUUGGCCUCGCUAUUCCAGACGCUACGCCGGAGACUGAUGUACCGGAUGUCCUUACCUUGACUGAGAGACACCAUGGCGGAAGUGGCUGUCCAUCUAACACCCAAACUGUCAGAUACAAUGUUGCCAAUGAUCGCCGAUCCAUCGUCAUCCAGUACGAAAAUCUCACUGCCCGGAUCAAUUCCAAAACUACCCCUGCCGAUGAACGCACCAACUGUCAGGUGAACCUCCAAGUCGCUGGCCGUAACAACUACCAGUUCUCCGUUGCCAGUGCUACGUACUAUGGCUCUGCUCGUUUGGAUGCUGGUGUGACCGGCAGACACGGAAGCAUCUACUACUUCUCCGGAAGCCCAGACCAGGCAUUCACUGCUACCGGCAUCUCUGGCCCUCGCCGUGGUAACUACCGUCUCGAUGACGAUGCAAACAAGAGAAUCUGGUCCCCAUGCGGAGAGAGCUAUCCCUUCAACAUCAACACCGACGUUCGCAUGGACAGUGACAACGACAAUGCCACCGGUGAGAUGAGCCGGGAGGACGGCGCUGACGGAACGGUCAAGCAGGUUAUCUCCCUCGACUGGAGGAGAUGUUAA